UGCGUGCAGUUGAUCGACAGAGACGCAUGCACUAAGCGAUCGCGUCGUGGUAACGCGAACUCGUUCGCGUUCCGCGUCCAAGAAGGAGGAGCCACGACGCCGUUGCCGUGUGGAUGCGAGAGCUGGUCGAAACCGAGGGGAUCCGACUCGGGGAGGAUCGGCUGGUCGUGUGUGAUCGGAUUACGUGCGCCACCGGUGCUCCCCGCAAUCUGUCUGAGGCCACCCUAUGCCCGUGGUUCACCUCCGACGAGCUGAUGAGCUAUGAAGAGGACACCAGACUGAGGACCGAGGACCGCGAGGAGGACGACGAUAAGGAGUACGAGGAACGUCUCGGCAUGUCUUCGGCUUCCGCCAACAGGCUACAAAUCUUCUGGGAUCACUUCAUCCACGCGGAACCGCAGAGUUACGAGAAAUCAUCCUGGCUGGACGUGUUCCUCUCGGAGCUGCUUGCUCAAGUUCGAGAAGGCCGUGACGUUAAAGAUGCCCUAUCAUUUUGUUCUGUCGGUGGCGGUGGAGUCUCUANG